AGCGCCGUCCCCGACAUGACGGCGCGCCCGCAUCCUUCGCCUGGCCGUUACCUCUUCUUCCUAUCCCUCUUGUCCACGCCAGUGUCUCCAGGAGCCCAGCAGGAUAUACCGCGGUUUCCAAUCUGCGAAAGGAGGACCGCCAAGCCAGAAAUGCCAAGCCAAGCGAUCACUGCCACGCCAAGCCAAACGACCACCGCCAAGCCAAGCAGCCACCGCAAAGCCUCGCGGGACCUGCCUGACAUGCAAGAGCUCAUCACUCAAGUGUGGUCAGAGAAGUGCUCCCUGCAGGCCGCAGCCAUCCUCGAUGCAAAUGAUGCUCACCAAACAGAGACCUCCUCCUCCCAAGUCAAGGACAAUAAGCCUCUGGUUGAACGGUUUGAGACAUUCUGCCUGGACCCUUCCCUUGUCACCAAGCAAGCCAACCUUGUGCACUUCCCACCAGGCUUCCAGCCCAUCCCCUGCAAGCCUUUGUUCUUUGACCUGGCCCUCAACCAUGUGGCUUUCCCACCCCUUGAGGACAAGUUGGAACAGAAGACCAAGAGUGGCCUCACUGGAUACAUCAAGGGCAUCUUUGGAUUCAGGAGCUAACCAGGCUCUUCCUCGGGGGCAGGGGAGAUUCUGACUGUUAAUCUGUAUUGUGAGAAAAUCCCAGCAAGUUCCAUGAUAUUAAAUCCAGGUCUGCAUUGGCCUGGGGCAAGAGUUUAACAUCUUCAGCCCUGCAUUCCUACAGCCUGUGUCUGUACACAUUCUUAAGCAGUGAGUUAGGAGAGCA